AUGGAGAAACAUUUAUUCAAACCAUACAGAGCAUUGGGCUACAUUACAUCAAAUGCACCAUUCAAGCUGCGAUCAGAGAACUUGAUCUACACCAUCAUGGUCUCAAUUGGCAACUCAUUCCAACUCAUUAGUUCAGAUAAGCUUAUACCAUACCUCACAUCGAAUGCACAGGAUGGAAAGAUCAAGACAAUGCAGUUCUAUGGCAAGGAACACUUCUUGACCAACCGCAAGAAUGAUAUCAUAAUUUGGAAAGGACAAAACAUCGAACAAACAUUCUCUAAACAUACAGCGGCAGUUACACAGUUGAUGGUGUUGGAUAAUAUAUUGCUGUCAUUGUCAAAGAAUAAUGAGCUACUGAUGUGGGACUUGAGGACUCGUCUGUUUUUGGACCAGCAGUUGCCGGUGCACUCGGCAGCACAGUUCACAAUCACAUCGAUCGUGCAUCCACAGGGCUACUUCAACAAGGUACUGCUGGGCUCACAGCAGGGCAAGAUGCAAUUGUGGAACUUGAAGACUUGCAAGCUCAUUUAUACAUUCAAUGGCUGGGGCGCCAGCGUCGUCUCGCUCGUCCAGUCGCCCGUCGUCAAUAUAGUGGCCGUGGGUCUGGUCGAUGGCCGCAUCAUCCUGCACGACCUCAAGCAAGACGCCACCGUCGCUACCUUCACUCAAAAGGGCAGCGUCACCUCGAUCUCGUUCCGCUCGGACGGAACGGCGCACAUGGCCACAGGCACCACCGUGGGCAAGAUCAACAUUUGGGACCUGGAGAAGAAGCGUUUGGUCGUGUCGAUUCGAGCACAUAAGGCAGCUGUCGGCUCGGCCGAGUACCUGCGCGACGAGCCCAUCCUCAUAUCAAACGGCGCAGACAAUGCGAUCAAGGUCUGGACGUUCCACAACACCCUGCUCAACGAGCCAACCGUUCUUCGCGAGCGCAGUGGUCACUCGACCCCACCCACAGGCGUCGACUUCUUCAACUGCGACCUGGACGACAUCCUCACGCUGUCGCCAACGUCCCUGCGACUGAUGAACUUGAACUUCAGCUUUUCCAAUCGAUAUCUGAGCCCGGGCAAGGAGCCCAUGGACCACCUGCAGUCGUUCGCGCUCAACCCUCGCCACAACCGAUUCUUUGACACGGCCGUCUCGUUCGUGGCCGAGUCGCGCACCGUCAAUACAUGGAACGUGGCGCACUUUACAAUUGGCAGCCACAAGCUGCAGCUCAGCACCAACAUCUCUGCCGUGACCAUGUCGUCUUGUGGUCACUUUGCCAUUGUUGGUUGCGUCGACGGCCAGCUGGUCAAGUUCAACGUGCAGAGUGGUGUCAAGCGUGGAUCCGCAUCCAAGAAUCACUCACAUGCCAAGGCCAUCACAUCGAUCUUUGUUGAUGCCACCAACCGCUUCGUCGUGUCAGCGUCGAUCGACUGCAGGAUAUCGCUUUGGAACCUGGCUGACAUGACCCUGCACAAGUCCAUCGUCCUGGACGAGCCCGCCACCACCCUUGUGCACCAUCCCGAGUCGAGCUUGUACGCUGCCGCCUGUGACGACUUUAUCGUGCGUGUCUUUGACGUGUCGCAGUGCGACCUGGAUACACCCGUCAGAACAUUCAACAUUGGCAAGCGCGUUGAGGACCUGUGCUUCAGCCACGACGGACGUUGGCUGAUUGUGGCUAGCGAUGACAAUGUAGUGCGAAUCUAUGAUAUCCCCGCCAACGUCAUGCUGGACUGGUUCCAAGUGCACAAGCCAAUCACUUCGCUCACAUUCUCUCCCAAGAGCGAGUACCUCAUCACCACACACGCCAACGAGUUGCCCAUAUUCCUGUGGACCAACCAAUCACACUUUGGCUCGGUGCUUCUGACCAAGCCCGAAGAGGUACCAUCGUUCCUGGAGCUGCCCUCACAUCACACCGAUCAGAUCAAGGACAGCUCAAACAAGGCCAACAGCAUAGAUGUAGCCAAUGCUGAGGAGGCCGAUCAGGAUCACGGCGUGCCCGACAUUGAGAAGGACGAUGUCGAUGUCGAUAUGAAUGUGGACGAGCAAGAGGAGGGACACACCAUCGUCCAUCAUCCACAGAUUGGCAACUCAAUCACCAUGUCCCAGACCACCAAGUCCAAGUGGCAGACACUGCUCAAUCUCGAUGUAAUCAAACAGCGUAACAAGCCACUUCAGGCACAGUCAAAGCCAGAGUUGGCACCAUUCUUCCUCACAACACUGCCUGGUCUGGAACCAAAGUUUGCGACACCACAGGAGGAGGCAGCUGCCAAGGCCUCAACCACUGAACAGGUCAUCAAACUAGAGCAAUCAGAUGAGAAUAUGGAGGAUGAUGAGGCAACUGCUGGAUGGGGAGACUGGGCCACUCCAGAGAACAACGAAGAUGAAGACGAGCCCACCGACGACAAGGUAGUUGUAAAGAAGCAGAAGCAUUCCCGUGGUUUCUCCAAGAGCUUUGCCAACGAUGCCAGGACCAAACUGUCACUGGCCCUCGAGAAGAGUGCCAGGACUCAGAACUAUACCAAGUUAACAGAGACAUUGAUAAAUAUGACACCAUCGGCGAUUGAUUAUGAGAUUAGAUCAUUGUCAUCAGUUGAUAAUGAUGGUGCCGACCUGCGCAACUUGAUCGACUUCCUCUGCUACGAGUUGAGGACCAAUGAUAACUUUGACAUGAUGCAGACUCUGGUCAAUGUCUUUGUUCAAGUGCAUGGCGAUGUACUUUUCAGCGGCAAUCAAUCAUUUGCACAGGAUCUGGCACAACUUCAACACGCACAACAGAUUGGUUGGAAUAGGAUACAAAAGAUAUUCCAUGCCAACAUAUUAUAUCCAGGUGCACAUUGUGGACUGAAUAUGGAUGUAUUAGCUAUUGAUGUUACAGAAUUCUGA